CCAGCCCAUAAUUUGACAUCUUCUCUACCAGAAUCUCAUGAAAGGCUUUGCCUUGUUGAAGGAAAUCAGAAACUUAAUUUUUGGGAAAAUAAUGACUGCUGGAUCUGUUUUAGCACCUCAGAUUAUACCACUUCGAAUCUCAAGCGGCAAAGCUAAACAUGAAAUAGAUACAAAUACUCUUGUUGAAAUCAAAUCAGAUACACCUGAUGUGAUGAUACAUUUUACUAUUGAUGGAAGUAAACCACAAUAUUUUAAGAGAUUUGAUUAUAGAGAUCAUAAUACUUUUAAGUAUAAGGGGCCAAUUACAUUACCAGAUGGGAAAAUAACCAUCAAGGCAUUGGCAGUCACAAAAGAUUGCAGAGAGAGUGCCAUUGUAACAAAACUGUUUGUAGUAGAAUAUGCAACUCCAAACCCACAUGACCCUGAUAAAGAUGAGAGUUUCCUGAAUUAUCUCACCAGACAGAUCAAAAGUGGAUUGCCUGAUUUAAAGCUUAGAAAGAAAGGAGUGAAUAUGGAAAAUGAAUCCGGUUGGAAUGAUGCAGCACAUGAAUUAACAGGUUUGUUGAAAGAAAAAACAUCUGUUUCCUUACAUGUCAAUGGACCACAUUCACUGAAAAAGUACUUGAAUGUCUCAAGUGAUAGAGAAGAGUCUAACUCUGCCGGGUUGAUAUCUCAGUCACAGGAUACAGUACUUUGCUAUGUAUGUGGCGCAGGAAAUCCAAUUCACAUUAAAGAAUGUAUGAUCUGUGAGAACAAACUUUCUGAAACCCAGAUGAAUGCCAACUUUCAGUUCCAACAACAAUCAAUUCUUUCAUUGCCAACCUCAAGACCUGACUUCCAAGAGAAAAAAGAGCAAGGAACUCAGACUAUUGGAUUGUUCUACCCAUCUCACAAACAUUUAGAGAAGAAAGAAAGUGAGGUGUUCUUGCAAAAGGAGAAGCAGAUUAAGGCAAAUGAUCACAAGUCUCUGCUCACAGCUAUCAGCCCUGGAAAAGGUUACUGGAGGAAGCAACUGGAUCAUGUCUGUGCACAUCUUAGAAGUUAUACACAAAAUAAUAUGGAGUUUAGGACAUUAAUUGGAGAACCUCAGAUGGGAAAGCUUAUUUCUGCUACUGUCCAUAAGGAUGGUUAUCAAGUCAGUCUCCAGAUCAAUUAUGCACUCGCUAAAAAGCCAUUGGAGAGAGCCAGAGAAUUUCAAACCUGAAUUAAAAAGUCAAAAGAAGUAAAAAGAGAAGAUACCAUUAGUGUAAAAAAGAACAUUUACUUUGCAAAUGAUGCUACACUGAAGAUGGUUGAGUCCAAUUUUUACUUUGGGAAGGAAAGCAAAGAAAAUCACAUUGGUAUCUGUUUCUCCUCCUUCUGCUAUACAGAUUUUUCCUUCAGCCCUUUUUAUUUUUUACUCCAUUUAUGACACUCCUUUUCACUUUGACAUGCCUAUUUGCUUCACUUUUUUAUGGCAUUAAUAUUAAUUUUCAUUUUAUGGUAAUGAUCCACAACUGUAUCUCUCCACUUUUGGCAGGAUAGGCUUUUUCAACUUGUACCUCUGCCUUUUUUUUUUUUCCAAUUUUAUGUUUAUGGUUGUUUUUUUAAACUGAGUUUAUUUAAACUUUUUAAAAUUGUCAUCUUGGUUCUAUUUCUGUCUAUCUAUUUUGUUGUAUUUAUCUAUCUAUGAAUUGAAGACUGCAUAAAUUAUCUAUAUGUUAGUGGGAACAUUUCUUGGUAAUUCCUCUCCGGCUUCGUAACUAAAUCCGUAUUGUAGGGGAGAUGGGUGGGAGAGAAAUCCAAUAAAUAAAUAAAAUAAAAUAAAUAAAUAAAUCCCCAUAAUUAGCAUUAAUUUCCAGAAAGUCACUCCAUAUCACCAAACUAAACUGAUCUCAGUUCCCCCUCUUUUUUUAACUAUCUGUGGAAUUCACUUUUUUUUUCUUCCUAGCAUUUUUCCUGCAUGUGCAAGGUCCACAUUUUUCAGAUUAACUGAAUGUUGAUCUGUUGGUUGUGACAGAAAUUGACCAACCAGCUUUUGCCCAAGCC